GCGCCUCUGAUUUACUCAACGGGGCUCGAAUAUGCACGAAUCGGUACACCCAGCACCCGCAUCCCAGCCGGCCAGCCCACAAGCCCAGCCCGCAGCGCAGCGCAGCCCUGUCAUGGCCCUGCCACUUUACGACACUAGGUCAAUCCUAACGCGAACGCGGUACCAACUUUAAAGGGCAGGGCAUUUAUUUGCUGCACUAGUAGACGAUACAUUCAUUGAUUGACGACACGACUUUACCUGACCUGAUUGUUUCGUAUUCCCGCGUCAAUCCUCGAGGGCACCAAAACACGCCCUGCGACCUCAAGAUAACGACCAUAGCCCGUGUCCAAACCUCAACCUUGCCAUCAUCGUUUCGUCGUUACAGCUUAGUAGUGCACAACUGCUUGCCCGCCAUGCCACCGUCGGCCAAGAGAGCCUCUAGGGCUCGUCGCGAACCGCGUAAAGCCGCGACGUCCAACGCAGAUACAUCACCAGGCGACGUCGAAGAUUCCUCCCCCAGUCGUCCAGCAAAGCGUCGUAAGAAGGUCCAAGAAGAUGAAGACGCCCCCGCGCCCAACGAUGAUCAACUGGUGUCGCAAAUCACACAGCAUCUCAGAAGUCAGGAAGUCCAGGCCAGCAAGGAUCACGCAAAUGUCAUACACGAGGCCAAGGGCGAUGGUGUAAAAGCCUACGCCAAAGUGGCUGCUCAGGACUGGACCUUUUAUAUCACCAAGCUCAACGUUAACAUAGGCCGAGCUCCCGAGACGUCACAUAACUCUCAGACCGUGGGCUCCGACGAAGACGAGUCCUACGUCCACAUCGACUUGGGCCCUAGCAAGAUGGUAUCGCGAGAGCAUGCUACCAUAUCAUUCGAUUCUAAGGACGAGAAGUGGUUCCUGCAUGUCAAAGGCCGUAACGGUGCCAAGGUGGACAGCCAGCCCGUUAAAGCCGGACAGGCUCAUCCUCUCACAAGCGGCGAAGUCAUUGAGAUUGGAAAUGUCGAGAUGAUGUUCGUGCUUCCGUCCGAGAUAACUCCACUGACUGUGCAUCCCAUCUAUUUGCAACGUGCUGGAGUCAGUGUUCAUACACCACAAUCUCGUACUUCGCGUCGACAACCCCUCAUUGCACCGGCGCCUCCGGAAUACAAACGCCCAGGCACGCCGCCCUCGGCCCAGAGCACUGCAAAAUCACCGGCAGCGAGCACGCCGGCCGUCAUGGUUGGUGCUAAUGGUGUAGAUCUGAGCCAAGAUGAGAACCAGCAUAUCAAGCCUCAAUAUAGCUAUGCUCAAAUGAUUACACAAGCGAUCCUGAACGCACCUGACGGGAAGCUGAAUCUGAACGGGAUCUAUACCUACAUCAUGAACACAUACGCCUACUAUCGUCAUCAACAGGCUGCUGGCUGGCAGAACUCAAUUCGUCAUAACCUUUCAUUGAACAAAUCAUUUGACAAGGUUGCCAGAUUAACCGAUGAGCCUGGCAAGGGGAUGAAGUGGCAAAUUGUCCCAGAAGCAAGAGAGGAGAUGAUAAGAAACGCCUAUCGCGUUGGCCGAGGCGGUCAUCGUGGUUCAUCUGCCCCCUCAUCCCCAAACCAACUUGCCUACAUCACACAUGGCCCAAGAGACAUGGCCUCGAGAGAACCUCCCUCAGCCCGCAGACGAAGGGCAUCCCCUCCGGCAUCACCACAGCCACCUGGAUCCUCUUUGCUAAUUCCCCAGUCCACUCCUGAUCGAUCUUUUGGUAGAAACGCGGCCAUGAUGAUUGAUGGCAGCCCAUUGCCGCGUCCUAGGAAGACGCCAGCAAGAGACUCAUCGUUUUCGGUGUACAACCCUCAGUCACCCACGCUCACAUCUUCAUACCAGGAGGACGGAGGCUCAUUCGUCACCCCAGCACCGCCCAGGAUGCACCCUAAGCUUGCCCCUCCAAGCACAGCGCAGAGACCAAGUCAACACAUGCCCACCAGCUCACCUGCCCCUUUCUGGAAAUACGCAGACAUAGGCAGCACACCCUUGAAACCUCUUGGUGGCUACGAUGUCAGUCCUACCAAGGCUGGAGGGGUUCUCCCCUCGCAGAGUAGCAGUCCGCCAAGGGGAGACAAGUCACCUCUUAGCAGUCCCUCUCGACCUCAAAAGUCAAGUCCACAGCCUAUUGCUCAACCGGCAGAGGCCGAAGAGGAGCACGGCUUUGAUUUAACCAAGGGGUUUCAGAGUAUCGGUGCGUAUCAUGCGCCAGUUGGCGGAGGGGCGUCUAUCUUGCAAGGCCGUACUUAGGCUUUCUUUCUGCCCUGGCGUUUCUGUUUCAAGGGGGAUAAGUCACUGAGCCAUGAAUUGUACUAAACUUUUGAGUACAUGAUGUUGCCGUCCAAGGAUGUUGACGACACUUAUGAAUGCAACGCGCCAACGAAAAAGCAUCUCUCCUCGACUUAGGUAUCUUCGUGACUGAACGGUCAGCUCAACGACUCACUUGAUCUUAUAGACCUUUUUGCAUCACUGGGGAAUUCUAGCUCGACAGACAGACCCAAGUGCUCCAAGUGUGAACAUGUUAUAUAAGAGUGAAGAUCAUCUGGCCAAUGGCCUAGAGCAGAGCCUUGGAUAUAUACAAAUGUUGAGAACGCGCCUUUUGAUGCAAAUACGUGUGAUCGCGCCACCGUGCCGCCAACCGUACCAAACCCAACCAAUGCAAGGGCCUCCUUUUUUUCGUGACCAAGCCACCCAGCUCUCACAUGAUUCAUAAUGGAAUUCCCAUGCUUUUUGUUUCACCAUCUACUUUUACACAGCGGUGAGUCAAAAACUCGACCACAUAAUAGCAUCAUAAAGAAUUUCGUUAAAUUGUUAGCCUAUCGCGCUCCAGCCUGGCCUCGCCUCUUAGGGUUUCCACGGCCAGUUCGCUUCUUGGUCUGCUGAUGUUCACCACCCUCGAUGAACUUGAUAAGCUCAUCAAUGCUGCGGGAGUCAACUUGUGAACCAGGUCCCGUGCGGCCGGGGACAGUAGCAUUGGAAGCCGCCAAGCUUGAGGGACUGGUGGUAAACCGAACACCCGUUCGGAGUCUUCGAGCAGCAACGUCCUUAGCAUGCUUGGCAAUGUUGACAGCAUUCUGAGUGAGCUGCUCCAACCAGCUCUCGGCCUCCUUGGUGUUCUUGUCCUCAGGUCCAAGUUCAGCAAGGAAGACGUUGUAAGACUCUCGCAUGCGAGUAACAGCUCCCUUUGAGUCGCGAUCUAGAGCAAGAGCCUGAGCCAGCUGGAAGAGGAGGGUGGCAGAGUUGAUCGACUGUUUGCCGAAAACAGACUCACAUACGCGCAGUGACUCUUCGAACCAGAGUCGAGACUCGUGGUAAGCCUUGAGGUUCUGGAGCAUCACAGCAGCAUUGUUGAGUGUUGUGAUAGAAUCAGGAUGAUCAGGGCCAUAAAUGACCUUCCACAUCUUGAGAGCAUGCUUGGAGUACACAAGAGCACCCUUGCUGUCACCAAUCUGGUGGAGGAACAGGCUCAGGUUGAGGUAGUUAAGGAGAGUCUCGGCUGAGUCGACACCAACGGUUCUCUCAGCGACGAUGAUAGCUUUGCGAGCAAGGUCAACAGCAGCCUCCUUCUCAUCGAGCUGGUAGUAGAGCAUGGAUAGGCUGUUGUAGACACGAGCGACCUCGGGAUGCAGGAUGCCGUAAAUCUGCUCAUGCAGGGAAAGGGAUUCCAGGAGAAGCUCCUGGCCCAGUUUCUUCUGGUUUUGUAGAAGAGAGAUACGGCCAGCCUCAAGCGCCUCUUCAGCGAGGGCGCUGCGAGGGCACGAGUCCUUGAUUAAAGGAACAAGGUCAAUGACGUCUUCGGGGCUGAAAGUAUGCACAUUGGCUGGGGCGGCAGCCUCAACGGGAGAAGCUUCACGAGCCUUGCUCUUCUUCUUCUUCUUGCUGCUACCAGAUUCUCCAUUGGUCUGGCCGUUGGCAACAGGCUUCUCGACCUUUGCAGGAGCAGCUUCAGAAGCAGUGGCGGCAGCCUCAGCAUUGAAACUGUAGUCCUUGGCCAGAAGCUGAAUACCAAUCUUCAACGAUACCUCACGAAGAAGCUGCACAGGGCGAACCUGGUUGUGCCACUCCUCGUCGAGCUCAUAUCGGAAUCGCUGGAGGAUCUGCUCCUCAAUGUUCUCCCGCAGACUCUCAGGUGUAACCUUCUCGAACGACCAGUCGGCAUCAGUGUAGAGACUGCGGAUGGAAGGAUCGAGCUCAGCAACGGGCUUCUCAUUGAACCUAUGUCCAAGCAGACAGUUGAGGAGAUGAGAAACAGUAGCAGGAACAGCAGGGACUGGUAGGUGUCGGAGGUAGACAGCAGAAACAUGCUUGAACGCUCGGGCAACCAUAUCCUGGACGCAAAUGUCGCGCAAGCAUCGGAGUCGGCCAUCACUAGAGAGCUCAGCAACCUUACCGAGGUAUCUUACGUUGAUACCGCGCUUGUGUAGAAGUCGGCUCAAUGACUGGCCAUCCAUGGGGAAGCUGAUCUCGGACUCGGAAAGAUCCUUGAGCAGGUCAGGGAUAACCUGUUCGCGGAGAUAUUUUCCAGCUGCCCUAACCUCUUCCUCAUCAGCGGCAAACUCGGCCUUCUCUUCGUCAGUCUGAGGAACCUGGCCACUAAAAGCGUCAGGGUUAAGGGCGAACUUGAAGUCUGACAGGUUAGGCUGGUUAUCCUCUUCCUUGGAGGCUUCACCCUCGCCCUCGCCCUCUGUGGUCUUCUUCUCGCUCUCGUCCUCUUCACCCUUGGCGUCACCCUCUGCAGCCUUGGUCUCACCCUCCUUCUCCUUUUGCUCAGCUCGACGGGCAACCUCUUUAUCCACCCACUGCUUCAGCUUGUAUCGCGAGAACGAGUCGACAAGCUCCGGUCGGAGGACUGUCAUGCGGUGAGGGUAGGCAUCGCCAUCCUCAGGAAGACCAUCUUCAUCCAGCCAAGCAAUGUCGAGGGGGCUGAUACGGUACAGAUCCAGGACAUACUUGCGGGCGUCUGUACCCAACAGACCCUUGGUCUCCACACUGGCCUCCAAGUCAAAUCGCUUGCCCUCCUUAUCCCAAACAGGAUGCUUCUUGACUUUCAGAGCCUUGGACAGCUGAGCAAAGCCGGGAGCAAAUCUCUCAUCAGCGGCGACGAUGUCCUUGCCGUCCACAGCACCGUAGUCGAUCUGGUUCUCACCAGGUUCGCGCUGCUUGAAAAUACCGGGAACAAUGCUCUGACCAACAAUUCGCUUGCCAAGGUAGUCAACAACCACGGUAGCAGGAGUGAAAAGUCCCUCAAUAUCCAAUUGGUUGACGAGCUUCACACCAGCGACAUCCUUGCCAGUAGCGACACGAGCCGCCUCAUCACCACCCUCAGAAGUGAAUGUACCAACACCGUCAGCACCGAAAGAGAAGAAGAUGUUGUUAUAGACAAAGAUCUGAGCAUCUCUGCAUUCUGUGGGGUUCAAAGGAGCAAUGUCGCCCCGUGCGACCAUGACGGCGCCUCGAGUAGCAGCCUCAUUAUAAUCGGCAAAGAGCUUAGAAAUGAGUCGUUCUCGGAAGACACGAUCCUGAACUGUCUCGCGAGGAAGUUCCUUCGCUGACUGGAACUCUUCAUUCCAGUCUCGCAGAGUGUCGGUGUUCUCGACACCAUUAAGGAGGUAGGUCUCCUGAGAUCGUGCAGGAUCAGGAAGAUGUGUGCAAAGUGUUGAGUUAGGAGAGGGAACCACCCAAGGAGCAGCGGGAAUAGCGUUGGUGAUUUGGAAAGUGGCAAGAGGGUCGCGUUGGUUGUUGUAGUCCUGGAGUUUUGUGAAGGACUCGGCGAAGGAUGCAGAGACAAGCUCAAUCAGGCUCAGCAAAGAGUGAGCUGACUGACCCUUGGGCGCCGGACGAGGGAAGGGAUCGAAUUUGGCGUUAGAUGACUUGUUGACGAAGAAGCCCGAAACGUGAGAGGUGAUCUGAUAUUGCUCGCCUUCGUUGGUGGAGACAACCAAGUAGAGCAAGUGGCCGCGCUGUCGGAGGUGAGGAGGAGGAGGAUUCCAGGAAGAUAAGGAGAUCUGCUUCACUGUCUUGGGAGCGGGCUCAGAGGGAGGAGGAACCAGCUCGGUAAGAGAGGGCACAGCCUGGAAAUCGUAGUUCUGAAUGGGUGACUCUUCGGCCGACUCGUUGUUGCCGACGGCCUCUGUGGCGACAGUUUCGAAAAGAGACAACCCCGGAAGAAGGCCCUGGGCAGUGUCGCAUCGGUCUCCAGACGCACCGAUAAGCUCUCGAAUGCGGACAAAAUGGAUGCGAGCUUCCUUCUCGGUAUAUGGGUCCUCAACAACGUGGAAUUCAGGAGUGGUACCGAGGUCAGGAAUUUCAGAGAGGGGAAUGAAGUCGUUGAUCUUCUCGCCGUUGAACUCGAGGUGGAAGCAAGUGUAUUGGAAUGCGGAGGGAAGGUCAAUGAUGGACUGUCGAAUCUCGUGAACCUGUUCUUGAGAAGACACCUGAACAUUUUUUGUGAGCUUGAGAUUUUGGAGGGGCUCGGUAUAAGUCAAUGACGGACCAUAAUCUGCAUCUUGCUAGCAUUGGCGUCGGGCAAGACGAUGCUACCUUCAGCGCCAGCGUCAACGUCUUGAGCUUCGGCCUCCAUGUUGGUCUCGGGCUCCUCGGACGCAGCAGCUGUGAGACAAAUUAGCUCGGUUUAGUGUAACAAAAUCAGUACCAAGAAUAAGUAAAACCAGUACAGCCAAAGCAAAAGCUAUAUAAUAGCUCCUUCAAUGACCGAGUCGAGGCUGUUGAGACCCCGGACUUUACAAGCGAGCAUUCGACAAGGGCGGUCUAGCUUCGCACAAAAAACGUUAUACGUACCAGGCGCCUGAGCGGGAGGAGUGGUUUCCUCAGCCAUAUUGACAAGAUGGAGUGUUUAGCAAAAGAAGAAUAGGUAAUGAGGGAGGAAACCAGGCAUGGGAUAUGCACUGGAAGGGUAAGACAAUCAAUUGAACGACGUUCGUCGAAAGAAGGUGGGAGUAAGGUAGUGACGGAGCGGAGGGGACGAAGAAAAAAUUGGACGGUUAACGCUCAAGUUGUGGUGGGUGUGGCGGCAAUGGCCCGGCAUUGCAUUGGGUCCGGACACUGGAAGUAUCCGGUGCUGAAGACGCGACAGUGACGGUACCUUAGCCCUCCGGUGCCUUCUACGGUUAAACAAGGUAUAGCCCGAGUAGAGAAUAUUAGGGCCCCGAAGCCGGUCGACCCCAGAGGAUUGACGGCAGCGCUAGACCAAAAGUAGAUGAAUGUAAAUAUUGGCCGAU